UUAACCUGUUCUGCAAGACCAAGGAGUAUCAUAGUCUACAGAAUGGCAGAGCAGAAAGAACGCUCGGACAGCAUCUAUAGCUACUGUCUGUGGGAAGUUUUAAACCAAUGCCUGUGUAGCCGAAUGUUCAUCUCAGUCUUUUCACUAGCCGUGCAUUUGGAUCAAGAUACCUUUAGGACUAUUUUUGCCAUACAGUUUGCUGCUGUGAUUUAAUCUGGACACGGCUGAAAGUUUGAUUUUCAAAUGCGAAAAGUAGAUGAGCAGGCUGCGCCAUAAGAAUCCUAACCUAAAGAGCCUGUCACCUGAGGUGCAUUCUUCAGAUAAGGUAGUGUCCUCGCUCAACGACAUCGCCUAGAUUACCUACUCGGUCGACGUCAGGUGUUCAAGUAAUUUGGUUUAUGUAGCCUAAUAUUUGGUUUGAUAGCUUACUUAAUUACACAGGGGAACACUAGUCUACUCUAACCAAAGGGUAGCUAAACAUGGAUUGUUUUUAAGAGACAUUUUCUGUAAAAUAAAGAACCGACUUGUUUGGCUAUAUCAAGACCUGCACAGUGAGAUCUGAGAAUUUAACCAUGGGGGGUUGUUGGAGAUGGUGUCAACGGAGCUGUGUGUGUUUCCUCACCGAAGAGGAAAGACGGGCCAUCUUUAUAGACAUGGAAAUUCAAAAAAUCCUCAAAGACCAGAAAAAGCGAGAACGCAAAGAAAUAAAAGUACUACUUCUUGGGACUGGAGAAAGUGGCAAAACAACAUUCAUCAAACAAAUGAGAAUCAUCCAUGGCAAGGGCUACUCUGAGGAGGACAGACGAGCAUUUGCUAAGUUGGUUUUUCAGAAUGUUUUCACAGCUGUAAAGGCCAUGACUGGAGCCAUGACUGCACUCAGGAUUCCCUAUGCAAACCCACAGAAUGCGAUGUAUGCUAAGUGGGUACAAGAUGUGGACAUCAGACAGGUCACUCAGUUAGACAGAGGUUAUGUGGAUGCUAUUCAGCAUCUGUGGGCAGACACUGGAUUCAGGGUCUGCUAUAGUCGCCGUCGUGAGUACCAGCUUCUGGACUCCACUGAAUACUUCAUGACAAAUCUUGAGCGUAUAGCUGGCCCUGACUACAUCCCUACUGCUCAAGAUGUCCUUCGGGUCAGAGUGCCCACUACGGGCAUCAAUGAUUAUUCCUUUAGUGUUGAGAGGAUAACACUCAGGAUUGUGGAUGUGGGUGGACAGAAGUCGGAGCGACGUAAGUGGAUCCAUUGCUUUGAGAAUGUGACGUCCCUCAUAUUUUUGGCCUCCCUCAGCGAGUAUGACCAGCGGUUGGAGGAAAAUGAUAUAGAUAACCGCAUGGAGGAGAGCAUGACCCUGUUUUACACCACCAUCCACUCGCCCUGGUUCAUCAGUGCCUCCAUUAUACUCUUUCUCAACAAGAAGGACAUCCUGGCCGAAAAAAUCCAGACUUCUGACCUACAAACAUACUUUCCAGGGUUUACAGGAAGGAGACGUGAUGCUCAGGCAGCCAUGGACUACAUCUGCGGGAUGUAUAAGCAGCAGGGCAACAGCCGAGAAGACAAGAAGGAACGCAAAAACAUCUAUUCCCACUUCACCUGUGCCACAGACACUAACAACAUCCGUAUGGUGUUCAACGAUGUGAAGGACACAGUGCUGAUCAAAUCAUUGGCUGAAUAUGGGGUCAUUUGAGGGCUGGGACUUGAGUGUGAAUGUCUAUUUCUUUUAUUCUAAAACCACUUUCCCUGUUUUCCUGUUUUCAUACACUGGAUAUAGAUUUAAUUAGACAAAGCAUAUAUAUAUAUAUUGUCUAAUUUGUCAGUGAGCCAACCAAAAUAGUAAUUGUGCAAACAUACAAACUGAACUGAGGCAAUGGAUGUUUUACACAAAACUUCUAAUGAAUUCAUUACUUUGUUUCACUAGGGAGCCCCUAUUUUUUUCUUUCUUUUUUUAUGUUACUGGUGUGCAUAAGAAAGUGUCUGGUAAUCACUGGAAAAGUUUUUUUAAUGUUUUGCCUAUGACCUCUUAGGGGCUCUGAGUUUUUGGUGAGCACGAGAAAAUUCUGGUGCGCAUGUGAAAGAAACUGGAAAACAUUUUUUGCACAUGCCCCUUCAGGGGCGCUGUAGUUUCAGACAAAACGGCUCAAGUAUUUAAUUCAGUUUUGCAAAGCUGCACAUUUUGAACAUUGCAUAUUAUAAUUAUCAGGAAAUCUACCUGCUUUUUUGGUCACCAAAAAAAACAAAAAAUCAAUGCUAUUGUCAUACAGUUCCUAAACUGAACCUGUUGUAGUGCCUUCCAUUGCACUAGGCUACAAUAUAAUAUUUUUUUCCUUGGAUUUUUAGAAUCAAAUAAAUAUUUGGAUAACAUUAUGUGCUACAAAGGUAACAUGAAUGUAUAGGGCCCUCAUUUAAAUGACAGUUGAAGUGCAAAGUCAGCCAGUGAGUCAAGUAUCUCAUGCAUGGACUAAAGCUAUUGUGUGGAAUGUGUUGAGCAUUUUUUGCAUAGGGCCUUGCUCAUGAUAUUAAAGGGGAACUUGGCAACUAUUUCAAUGUAAUAAACCCGUUUAGAAAUCA